AUGUACACAUGCCUCUAUCCUCAUCCCAACCCUCUCGCACACGCUGACCGUUUCCACAGGAUUGACCCUGCGAUCCGCCUCCGCCGCGCCAUCCACGCCAGCGACGCGCCGCUCGUGACGCGCAUCCUCCGCUCGCACCCGCAUCUCGUGCACAACCCGGACACGUCUGCGCGCGGGCAGUCGAACGCGAACCUGCACCUGGCGGCGUCGCUCGGGGACCGGGCGACGUGCGCGGCGCUGCUCGCGGCCGGGCACGAGUCGCCGGCGCCGGCGCUCAACGACCAGCACCAGACGGCGCUGAUGCUCGCGGCGGCGGCCGGCCACAGCGAGGUGGUGCACCUGCUGUGCGAGCACGACGCGCGCGCCGUGCUGCGCCGCGACGCCCGCGGCCGCGACGCCAUCAUGGACGCCUGCGCCGGCGGCCACGACACCGUCCUCCAGCUGCUCCUCACCUACAGCCCCGGCGGCCCGGCCGACGCCGUCCAGCGCGCCGACGCCGACGGCAACACUGCCCUGCACUUUGCCAGCGCCAGCGGCAGCCUGCUCUGCCUGCGCACCCUGCUCGCCGCCGGCGCCGACGUCGACCGCCGCAACCUCUGGAACUGGACCCCCGCCGCGUACAGCGCCACCGUCCAGGCAGAGGUCUACCUCAAGGGCCUCGUCUCCGAGGCCACAAGACGACACAAGACGGGCCCCGAGAAGCAGCAGAUGCACACGUCGCCGCGCAAGACGGGGCUCGGGCUCGGCAUGGUGAGGGUGGUGCCGGAUAACAGCGACGAUGACGAGUGA